AUGACUCGUUCGGUAUACAACUUGUUGCUUACUUUGGUGGCUGAUGCUUUGCGCAAACCAAGACAACGUAUUGGUGUCGAAGAGCGUGUUUCGUUGACCCUUUUGCACUUGGGACAUGCGGCACCAAUCCAAACUCUAGCCUGGAGCUAUAAGCUGGGUAGGACAACAGUGCGUAACAUCAUUCUGGAAACUUGCGACGUGUUUUGGCGAUUGCUUUCACCUAUCUAUGUAGCGGAACCCACCGAAGAGCAGUAUAAAGAUAUUGCCAACGAUUUUCAAACAAUGUGGAACAUGGCAAAUUGUGUAGGUGCAAUUGAUGGGAAACACAUCGCCUUACAAUGCCCUAGGAAGUCCGGUUCGAUGUUCUUCAACUACAAGAAAUUUCAUAGUAUAGUCUUAAUGGCUGCUUGUGACGCGAAAUAUACUUUCACGGCCGUUAGUAUAGGAAGCUAUGGUAGCCAAAGUGAUGCAGGGAUAUUCCAGGUUUCGGAAUUUGGGCAAUCGCUAAUUUCGAAUACUUUGCCGUUACCGCCUGAUAGACCGCUGCGCAGUGGAGCUGAACCCUUUCCUCACUUUUUUGUAGGAGACAAUGCGUUUCCUUUGAGGCGAAAUAUAAUGAUGCCAUAUUCAG